CCCCCCUACAUACAUGGCUUCUUCAUUUCUUUCCCAAACUAGUAUCUAGCUCUUUCCACAAUAAACCCGUGAACCAAAACUUCCCUUUUUUACACCCUUAAAAAAAGUUUUGAACUUUUUUGAUUCACAAUCUGCUUUUUGUUUACAUAAAUGGGUUUCUGAAAAAACCUCAGAUAACAAAUCAAAAAGUCUCUUCCUUUUUUUUUUCAAUGACUACAGCAAAUUCAAUGAACCCAUCUCUGUUCCGUGUAAUCUGUAUACUCCAUUCUGUAAUUGCGCUUACUAGCGGAACCUUAAUGAUGUUCUACACAGAUAAAGCUUCAAUCUUUGGACCAGGUAGUGAGAUUGCUAGCAAACUUAAAGGAUCAACACCACACGAUGAGCUGCUCAUACAGAUUUCUCAGUCCUUCUCCGGUUUGCUUCUCUUCGCAAUCGGUUUGGUUCUGUUCAUGGUUUCGUUUGUGAAAGACAGAGAGUUCCAUAGCUUCUUCGCUCGUGGCUCUGUGGUUCUGUACGUGUUAAUGGCAAUGUGGAGGGUUUUGUUCGAGUGGAAAAUUGAAGAUCUUGCUUAUGAAUGGCCUAAACAAGCUCUUGGAGAUAUUGCUUUGGCUGUUUCUUGGGUUUUUUUCCUUGUUUAUUCAUGGAGAGAAAAGUAUGAUUGAUGAUGUUUUUGAUUCUUUAACAAAACUUGUGGGAUAAGCAAAAAUAAAUGUUAUAUUUUUAUAAUCUUGGAUCCUCAGAUUUGAUGAAAAGCUUAUUAUAGAUUGAUUCAGACAAGAUCAGAUUCAAACAAAAUCAUAGAUAUCAGAAGAUCAUGGAUUAGCAAAAAAUAAUGACAGCUUUUGUUUUUUCCAUGUCUUUGUUCAU